ACUCCAGACCAUGCCUGGGAGCAGACCACCCGCCUUCCGGAGCCCAGGGGCCCAGGCACCGAGAAGAGCCCGGAAAAGAACAGAAGGCGGAGCCAGCUCCAAUGUCUUCUCCAUGUUUGAUCAGUCCCAGAUCCAGGAGUUCAAAGAGGCCUUCACCAUCAUGGACCAGAACCGGGAUGGCUUCAUCGACAAGGAGGACCUGAGGGACACUUUUGCUGCCCUGGGCCGCAUCAAUGUGAAGAAUGAGGAGCUGGAGGCCAUGGUGAAGGAGGCUCCUGGGCCCAUCAACUUCACAGUUUUCCUGACCAUGUUUGGGGAGAAGCUGAAGGGCACGGACCCAGAGGAGACCAUCCUCCAUGCCUUCAAGGUGUUCGACACUGAAGGGAAAGGUGUCAUCAAGGCUGAUUUCAUCAAAGAGAAGCUCAUGACCCAGGCAGACCGGUUCAGCGAGGAGGAGAUCAAGCAGAUGUUUGCGGCUUUCCCACCAGACGUGUGUGGCAACCUGGACUACAGGAACCUAUGCUACGUCAUCACGCAUGGCGAAGAGAAAGACUAGAAGGGGAUCAUGGACCUCCCCGCGGUCAGAGGCAGCAAACACGGGGCAGCCAGUGGGGGG